AUGAUGGACAAACUACUCGUUUGUGGAGUAGUCAGUGCUGCUCUUCGUGGUGAAUAUCUUUUGGCUCGAACAAUUGUUCGACAAAAGCAACCUGAAUGGAGUGAUAAUAAGACACGUCUUUUUGCGGUCCGUGUCGUUUCCUUCACUCAUGCACUUGUCUCAGCACUUGGAUGCAUUUUCAGCUUGCUGACUGACAUCAACUAUAUUCGUGAACCAUAUGACUAUCACAAAGCAAACGCCGAAUAUGUAUUCCUCUUUUCGAUGGGAUACUUCAUUUAUGAUCUUCUCGAUAUGUAUAUUCAUGGAGAAUUGGAAAGCUCAAAGGAAUAUUUGAUUCAUCAUUCAUUGGUCAUUACUGCUUUUUCAAUUAUUCUUCUGAGUGGACGACUAUUUGGAUUGGCAAUGAUUGCAUUGUUGGUUGAAGUACAGACGGUUUUCUUGCAUUUAAGAACAAUGGUUCGAUUGAUUUAUGGAUCAAAACAUAUGCCAGGCUUUGUUGAUGUUCUCAUCAAUGCCAAUAUGAUUUGUCUCUUUUUGUUUAGACAUCUUCCAGUCUGUUUCCUUCUUUUUUACCUGCUCGUCAAAGAUGUCAAAGUUCCAAUUCUUUUGAAAAUGUUCCUCGUUUUCGGACUCAGUUUCUUGGAGUAUCACAAUACUCAUCUUACUAUGGCUGUGGCAAAAUCUGACGGAUUCUUUGGACACGAACGACAGGCUCUCGAUGAAGACAGUUGUGAUCCAUUGGGAUCAGUGAAAAAAGAAGAGGAGAAGACGGAAAAGUCUGAAAAAUCGUCAGUACGAACUGCCAAAAAGAUCGAUUAA